AUGGAGGAGAAUCCACCAUCCAGGAUCGCGAUACUGAAGCGAAAAGGGAGACCGACACAAAAGAAACAGCAACCUGACACGGACAACAAAAGCUACAUCUGUCAGAUAUGUAACCGAGGUUUCAGCUCGAGUAUUGCUCUUAGGUCUCACUGCUCUGCUACCAAACAUCAAGUUCGCUGUUCGGUCUGUGACAAAGGAUUCGCUACCGACGAAGCUCUUCACCAGCAUUCUCGUAUUCAUAUGGUCGAUGCGAUGGUUGACAUCUCUAGUGUCUCGAAUGUUGAGAAAGUAGUCACCCUUCAAGAAGUUGGUGAAAAAUCGAUCGAGCCACUGAAUCAGGCAGUGCCUCCUAGCUUGAGCGAGUCCGUCACUAUCCAAGGUAUUGCAAAUAUGAGUCUCAACGACAGUAACUUUCAACAAAUGCUCGUCGCUCAGGAGCAGGAAGUGGUUCAGAAACGCGGACUUAUGCAUAAAUCUAACACAUACACCCUGCUACCUGACACCGAGCAAAAGGCUAUUCACAGUGCUCUUCUUGCUGCAUGUCAUACAAUAGAAGUUCUUGAUGCGGAGCAGUAUACCUUGCAGCAGGGUCUCACAGAACGCAAAAUACACACCAAUGUUCCAUAUUCGGAAUUUCGUCAAACUCCUCAAACAUUCGGACAGCCAAAGCGCAAAAUAGUGGCGAUUGACUGUGAGAUGGUCGGACUAUGGAAGAAUGUAGCCUGCGUUGCGCUGUUAUGUGCGGUAGACGUACUCACAGGAGAAAUCCUUUUGAACACAUAUGUUGACCCAGUAUCCAAAGUUCAUGCUUGGAGGUCCACCGUUAGCGGUGUUACGCGCAAAUCUAUGAGUGAAGCGAUCGAGCAAGGUCAAGCUCUUCGAGGCUGGGCAGCGGCUAGAGAAGCGCUUUGGGAAUAUAUCGAUGCCGAAACCAUCAUUAUCGGACAUGCAUUACAGAAUGAUUUGAAUGUACUAGGUAUAUUCCAUUCGAGGAUUGUCGACACAGCGAUUCUAGCUUCACAGGCAGUAUUUCCGGAGAUUCAAAGCAAAAGAUUCCCAGAGUCUUACGGCUUGAAGAGAUUACUCCUUAGCUGGCUCAAAAUGAUGAUUCAGACGGGGAAGAAGGGCCAUGACUGCUUAGAGGAUACCUUUGCAACAAGGGAGCUCGCAAUAUGGUGUGCAAGAAAUCCAGACGUGUUGAAGUCUUGGGGUUCGCAGAUGCGCGUUGUCUAUGAGACACGGAAAUUGGCUCUUCAACGUGCGAGGGAAGAGGCCAAAAAACGAGCCAAAGAGGAUGUUGAGAAAGACGCCCAAAACGAUACCGGAAAAGUUGCCACCACCGAUGUCAAGGGAGAUGUCAAAAAGGUUUACAGAAAAGAGAUUGGAACGGAUGCUGGAAAGAAUACUAGGAAAUAUUUCAAUAAGGAUGUCAACAAGGACAUCAAAUAUGCCAAGCCGGAUGUUAAGAGGUACGUUAGAAAGGAUUUCAAAAAGGAUGGCAGGAAGUAUGUCAAAGAUGGAUCCAGAAAGGAGGCCGGAAAGGAGACCAAGCAGGGGGCCAGAGACCCCGUCAAAGUCGAUACGGAACAAGAUGCCACCAAGGGUGUCAAGACGGAUGCUGGCAAAUAA